AUGGACGAUCUGCGAAGGAUAGCCGACAAGGAUCGAAAAUCACGACGACAGAGCACCCACGAUGAUCGUCGUGGCGGUCUGUUCGAUACCCGUGACAAGGAAAUCAUGACGGAUCCUAGCUCUGCGGAUUGUGCUUGUCGCGAAAUGGAUGCGCAGAUCAAGGAAAUGCGUAAACAACUACUAGUCAAGGAAUGCCAGCUGAACACUCACAAGAUGAUGCCCAACCGCUUCAAAAACGAUGUCGUUGAGCUGCGACAGCUUGUCAGAGAACGCGAGUCCCAGAUCAAUAAGCUGCAACACGAGCUCUGCACCCUUUCCUCCAACGGGUUAAAGUCGCUACGAAGCGAUAAGGCCGUGGGUACGGAAAGGAACGAUCUACAGGAAGGAGCUUCCGUCAAUAGCAUGGUGCAGCAAGAGCAAGCCAGAAGACUUGAAGAGUGCCAGGAUGAGCUGGCAAAGCUAAAAGAGAAGUAUCAAUCGAUGAAGCGAGUCUGUCAGAUGCGGAACAAACAAAUCGUCAGUCUAAACGAGAACAUCGUAGAGAAGGAGAAUGAGAGCUGCAAUGCCAACAAGAGUGUUCAGCAAGAGGUUUCCAUUCUGAAACGACAGCUCAAGGAGACCGAAGAUAAGUGUUUGCAGAUACAGAAGCUGUACCAAAGCAAAUGCGAGUCUGCCAAGUCUCUGGAAAAGACAAUUCAAAACGGGGAUCACGAGAUUUUGCGGACAAAGUAUGAAAAGUACAAAACAAUGGCCAUAGCACUGAUGGAACAGAACGAGGAACUCAAACGGAAAUUACCGCCCUCGAACUAGGGCUGCACCAACCGAGCAAAGUUCAAUAAUUCUAGUCUGAAGCCAGAGUAAAACAGCUUGGCUUCAGUUCCAAAUCCGCCCAACACAAAGUUUGUAUAGCGAGCGAGCGAGCGAACGAAUGAAACGUAAGAAUGAGUACGUA